AUGAGCUUCACCAGGCAUUCGGUUUUCUUCACCCUGAAGGUGAGCGUCCUGCUGGGGUCCCUGCUGGGGCUCUGCCUGGGCCUUGAGUUCAUGGGCCUUCCUAACCAGUGGGCACGCUACCUCCGCUGGGAUGCCAGCACGCGCAGUGACCUGAGCUUCCAGUUCAAGACCAAUGUUUCCACGGGGCUGCUCCUCUACCUGGAUGACGGCGGCGUUUGUGACUUCCUCUGCCUCUCCCUGGUGGAUGGCCACGUGCAGCUCCGCUUCAGCAUGGACUGCGCCGAGACCGCCGUGCUGUCCAACAAGCAGGUGAACGACAGCAGCUGGCACUUUCUCAUGGUGAGCCGUGACCGCCUGCGUACCGUGCUGGUGCUUGAUGGUGAGGGCCAGUCUGGGGAGCUGCAGCCCCAGCGGCCCUACAUGGAUGUGGUCAGUGACUUGUUCCUCGGCGGAGUCCCCGCAGACAUACGACCUUCUGCCCUGACCCUUGAUGGAGUACAGGCCAUGGCCGGCUUCAGGGGAUUAAUCCUGGAUCUCAAGUAUGGCAACUCAGAGCCUCAGCUUCUGGGGAGCCAGGGUGUCCGGUUGGAUGCCGAGGGACCCUGUGGUGAGCGUCCCUGUGAAAAUGGUGGGAUCUGCUUUCUCCUGGAUGGCCACCCCACCUGUGACUGUUCUACCACCGGCUAUGGUGGCAAGCUCUGCUCAGAAGAUGUCAGUCAAGGUCCAGGCCUCUCCCACCUCAUGUUGAGUGAACAAGGUAGAAGUAAAGCUCGAGAGGAGAAUGUGGCCACUUUCCGAGGCUCAGAGUACCUGUGCUAUGACCUGUCUCAGAACCCAAUCCAGAGCAGCAGUGAUGAAAUCACCCUGUCCUUUAAGACCUGGCAGCGGAACGGGCUUAUCCUGCACACGGGCAAGUCGGCUGACUAUGUCAACCUGGCUCUGAAGGAUGGCGCAGUCUCCUUGGUCAUUAACCUGGGGUCUGGGGCCUUUGAGGCCAUUGUGGAGCCAGUGAAUGGAAAAUUCAAUGACAACGCCUGGCAUGAUGUCAAAGUGACACGCAACCUCCGACAGGUGACAAUCUCUGUGGAUGGCAUCCUUACCACGACGGGCUACACUCAAGAGGACUACACCAUGCUGGGCUCAGAUGACUUCUUCUAUGUGGGAGGAAGCCCAAGUACCGCUGACUUGCCAGGCUCACCCGUCAGCAACAACUUCAUGGGCUGCCUUAAAGAGGUUGUUUAUAAGAAUAAUGACAUCCGUCUGGAGCUGUCUCGCUUGGCCAGAAUUGGGGACACCAAGAUGAAAAUCUACGGUGAGGUUGUAUUCAAGUGUGAGAAUGUGGCCACACUGGACCCCAUCAACUUUGAAACCCCGGAGGCUUACAUCAGCUUGCCCAAAUGGAACACCAAACGCAUGGGCUCUAUCUCCUUUGACUUUCGCACCACUGAGCCCAACGGCCUGAUCCUCUUCACUCACGGCAAGCCCCAAGAGAGGAAGGAUGCUCGGAGCCAGAAGAACACCAAGGUGGACUUCUUUGCCGUGGAACUCCUCGAUGGCAACCUGUACCUACUGCUUGACAUGGGCUCAGGCACCAUUAAAGUGAAAGCCACUCAGAAGAAAGCCAACGAUGGGGAAUGGUACCAUGUGGACAUUCAGCGAGAUGGCAGAUCAGGUACCAUAUCAGUGAACAGCAGGCGCACGCCGUUCACCGCUAGUGGGGAGAGCGAGAUCCUGGACCUGGAGGGGGACAUGUACCUGGGCGGGCUGCCGGAGCACCGUGCUGGCCUCAUCCUCCCCACUGAGCUCUGGACCGCCAUGCUCAACUAUGGCUACGUGGGCUGCAUCCGUGACCUGUUCAUUGACGGGCGCAGCAAGAACAUCCGGCAGCUGGCGGAGAUGCAGAAUGCUGCGGGCGUCAAGUCCUCCUGCUCACGGAUGAGCGCUAAGCAGUGUGACAGCUACCCCUGCAAGAACAGCGCCGUGUGCAAAGAUGGCUGGAACCGCUUCAUCUGCGACUGCACGGGCACUGGCUACUGGGGCCGAACCUGCGAGAGGGAGGCGUCCAUCCUGAGCUACGACGGCAGCAUGUACAUGAAGAUCAUCAUGCCCAUGGUCAUGCACACCGAGGCAGAGGACGUGUCCUUCCGCUUCAUGUCCCAGCGAGCUUAUGGGCUGCUGGUGGCUACUACCUCCAGGGACUCUGCUGACACCCUGCGUUUGGAGCUGGACGGGGGGCGCGUCAAGCUCAUGGUUAACUUAGACUGUAUCAGGAUAAACUGUAACUCCAGCAAAGGACCAGAGACCCUGUAUGCGGGGCAGAAGCUCAAUGACAACGAAUGGCACACCGUUCGGGUGGUGCGGAGAGGAAAAAGCCUUAAGUUAACCGUGGACGAUGAUGUGGCCGAGGGUACAAUGGUGGGAGACCAUACCCGCUUGGAAUUCCACAACAUUGAAACUGGUAUCAUGACAGAGAAACGUUACACCUCCGUUGUCCCUUCCAGUUUCAUUGGCCACCUGCAGAGCCUUAUGUUUAAUGGGCUGCUCUACAUUGACUUGUGCAAAAAUGGAGACAUCGAUUACUGUGAACUGAAGGCUCGUUUUGGGCUGAGGAACAUCAUCGCUGACCCUGUCACUUUUAAGACCAAGAGCAGCUACCUGAGCCUGGCCACCCUCCAGGCCUACACCUCCAUGCACCUCUUCUUCCAGUUCAAGACCACCUCCGCUGACGGCUUCAUUCUCUUCAACAGCGGUGAUGGCAAUGACUUCAUUGCUGUUGAGCUAGUCAAGGGGUACAUACACUACGUGUUUGACCUCGGAAACGGCCCCAAUGUGAUCAAAGGCAAUAGUGACCGCCCCCUGAAUGACAACCAGUGGCACAACGUCGUCAUCACCCGGGACAACAGUAACACCCACAGCCUGAAAGUGGACACUAAGGUGGUCACUCAGGUUAUCAAUGGUGCCAAAAAUCUGGAUUUGAAAGGUGACCUCUACAUGGCAGGUCUGGCCCAAGGCAUGUACAGCAACCUCCCAAAGCUCGUGGCCUCCCGGGAUGGCUUUCAGGGCUGUCUGGCAUCAGUGGACUUGAAUGGACGCCUGCCAGACCUCAUCAAUGAUGCCCUCCAUCGGAGUGGACAGAUUGAGCGUGGCUGUGAAGGACCAAGUACCACCUGCCAGGAGGAUUCGUGUGCCAACCAGGGCGUCUGUAUGCAGCAGUGGGAAGGCUUCACCUGCGACUGUUCCAUGACCUCCUAUUCUGGAAACCAGUGCAAUGAUCCUGGCGCCACGUACAUCUUUGGGAAAAGUGGAGGCCUCAUCCUCUACACCUGGCCGGCCAAUGACAGGCCCAGCACGCGCUCUGACCGCCUGGCUGUGGGCUUCAGCACCACCGUGAAGGACGGCAUCUUGGUGCGCAUAGACAGCGCCCCAGGCCUCGGGGACUUCCUUCAGCUUCACAUAGAACAGGGGAAAAUUGGAGUUGUCUUCAAUAUUGGCACAGUUGACAUCUCCAUCAAAGAGGAGAGGACCCCGGUAAAUGAUGGCAAAUACCACGUGGUGCGCUUUACCAGGAACGGCGGCAAUGCCACGCUUCAGGUGGACAACUGGCCAGUGAAUGAGCAUUAUCCCACAGGCAACACUGAUAAUGAACGCUUCCAAAUGGUAAAACAGAAAAUCCCCUUCAAAUAUAACCGGCCCGUAGAGGAGUGGCUGCAGGAAAAAGGCCGGCAGUUAACCAUCUUCAACACCCAGGCGCAAAUAGCUAUCGGUGGAAAGGACAAAGGACGCCUCUUCCAAGGCCAGCUUUCUGGGCUCUAUUAUGAUGGUUUAAAAGUACUGAACAUGGCGGCUGAGAACAACCCCAAUAUUAAAAUCAAUGGAAGCGUCCGACUGGUGGGAGAAGUCCCAUCAAUCUUGGGAACGACACAGACAACCUCCAUGCCACCAGAAAUGUCUACCACUGUCAUGGAAACCACCACUACAAUGGCUACUACCACAACCCGCAAGAAUCGCUCUACAGCCAGCAUUCAGCCAACAUCAGAUGACCUUGUUUCAUCUGCUGAAUGUUCAAGUGAUGACGAAGACUUCGUUGAAUGUGAGCCGAGUACAGGAGGUGAAUUAGUUAUCCCUCUUCUUGUAGAAGACCCUUUAGCUACCCCUCCUAUUGCUACUCGUGCACCUUCCAUUACACUCCCCCCUACCCUUCGCCCCCUCCUCACCAUUAUUGAGACCACCAAAGAUUCCCUGUCCAUGACCUCUGAGGCGGGGUUACCUUGCUUGUCGGACCAAGGCAGCGAUGGUUGUGAUGAUGAUGGCUUGGUGAUAUCUGGGUAUGGCUCAGGGGAAACCUUUGACUCUAACCUGCCCCCUACUGAUGAUGAAGAUUUUUACACCACCUUCUCCUUGGUAACAGAUAAGAGUCUUUCCACUUCAAUCUUCGAAGGUGGCUACAAAGCACAUGCGCCCAAUAGGACUACUACCACAUCUUUGUCCCCUGAGCUGAUCCGCUUCACAGCUUCCUCCUCGUCUGGGAUGGUGCCCAAAUUGCCAGCUGGCAAAAUGAAUAACCGUGAUCUCAAACCCCAGCCUGAUAUAGUCUUGCUUCCGUUGCCCACUGCCUAUGAGCUAGACAGCACCAAACUGAAGAGCCCACUAAUUACUUCCCCCAUGUUCCGUAAUGUGCCCACAGCAAACCCCACGGAGCCGGGAGUCAGACGGGUUCCGGGGGCCUCAGAGGUGAUCCGGGAGUCGAGCAGUACAACAGGGAUGGUCGUCGGCAUUGUGGCUGCUGCCGCCCUCUGCAUCUUGAUCCUCCUGUACGCCAUGUACAAGUACAGGAACAGGGACGAGGGGUCCUAUCAAGUGGACGAGACGCGGAACUACAUCAGCAACUCGGCGCAGAGCAAUGGCACGCUCCUCAAGGAGAAGCAGCAGAGCUCGAAGAGCGGCCACAAGAAACAGAAAAACAAGGACAAAGAGUAUUAUGUGUAA